GUUUCAUCUUUGAGUUGUCAUAAGUAUGUUACGGGCAUCGAGAGUUUCGAAGUCUAGAAGUCCCUAUUCACGGACAACAACGACAAAUUCUGCAGCUAGGGCCAAAAAACGAAGUGUACCUGAAGCAACGCUCCCUCGACCGCAUGAUGUCGCCAUUGUUGACCAGGCACCGAUCGUGACUGACCAGGCACCUAUCGUGACUCAAAGUCAGACUGUGUCCACUGUCGCCUCCUUAGUUCCCCUGCAGCCCGCUAGUUCAGCUGAAGUUAAUCAAGUGGACCAGGUUUCGUCAAUUGGCUCCUUGGGCAGACCCCUUUCCCUCCAUGGUACCUAUUCAGUUUUGGAGAGCUAUUCAGGAACUGUAGCCAGUCUUCUGCAGGCCAGUGUAUCUCAAAAUACAGCGAAUGUAUACCGUCAGGGAUUGCAAAGUUUUUUCAAUUUUAGACAACAGUUGUCAUUCCAGCAGAUAUGGCCCCCACCCGUUGAUCACAUGAUUAAUUUUAUAGCAUAUCUGUCAGAGAGUAAUAUGGCUUUUUCUACUGUCAAAUGCUAUUUAUCAGGAAUCAGUUUCGUCAUUAACUUGCAUGGUUGGCAGAAUCCAGUGGAUUCAUUUAUUAUUAAGAAGUUGUUAGCUGGUUACAAGAGAUGUAAUCCGUCUCAGGAUAUAAGAAAACCAAUUACAUUACCUUUGUUGAAUAGCAUUGUCAGUGUUUUGCCACAUUUGUGUUUUUCUGAUUUUGAAGCAGCUUUAUUUCAGUCUGCUUUUGCAUUGGCUUUCUUUGCAUUACUAAGGGUGAGUGAAGUGGUGGCUUUGGGUGUCCAGCAUAUAACUGUAUCUAGUGAUACCAUUGAAAUCUUUAUCAAAACAUCUAAGACUGAUCAAAUUGGUGCGGGGGCAUUUGUGCAUGUGAAAAAAUCAAAUGAUACAAAUUUAUUGUUUCAAUCUUUGCAGAAGUUUGCUGCAUUAAGUACCAAUGUAAAAAGGGUGUCCUACUUUUCUCAUUUAAAUUCCAAACCCUUAACCGAAUACCAGUUUUCGUCCAUGUUAAACAAAGCUUUGCAGUUUCUGAAUAUACAGUCAACUCAAUUUAAGACGCACUCAUUUCGCAUUGGGGGUGCAACCCACUUGUAUACAAAAGGGUUUUCAGAGGAUCAUAUUAAGCAGAUGGGAAGGUGGCAGUCAGCAGCUUACAAAUCGUACAUAAGACCAUGUUCGUUGUAAAUUUACAUUGAGUUACACUGUAUAUGUAUUGUCAUAUGACACAAAGUUACAAUUCAAAAAAAAAAAAAAAAAAAAUAAUAAUAAUAAGCGUUUAAUUUGCUCAUCAAUUUUAAAUUUUAUAUUU